AUGUAUGGUUUAUUGUUAGAAGGAUUACGUAAUUUUAUUAUUACUAAAUGGUCUACAGAAUUAUGGAUUGAAAUAUGUAAUCAAGCUAAUUCGCCUGAGAUUCAAUUUGAAACACGUAAAGUUUAUGAUGAAGCAUUAUUACCGAAUUUAUUUCAAACUAGUUCAAAAUUAUUAGAUAUACCUGAAGAUGAAAUUAAAUUUGGUAUGGGUAUAUCAUUUGUUGAAUAUGUUGGUGGUAAAGGUUAUCAAGGUAUAUUACGUGUACUUGGUAGAGAAUUACGUGAUUUUUUAAAUGGUUUAGAUAAUCUUCAUGAAUUUCUAAGAUCAAGUUAUCCAAAAAUUCGUCCACCAUCAUUUUUUUGUGUAAAUGAAAGUAGAACAGGUAUUACAUUACAAUAUCGUUCACAUCGUAUUGGAUUUGUACCAUUUUUUUGUGGAUGGAUGACUGAAUUAUCAAGAGUUUUAUAUUCAAAAGAAAUGAAAGUUGAAAUCGUCGGUCAAAAAGAUCGUGGUAAACAAGUUGAAACAAUUCUACGUUUACAUUUUCAUAAUCAUUCGUUUACUGAAAUAGAUGAAGAACUACCUGUUCCAGCGAUUGUAUUCUUUGAAGCAUUUCCUUUCAAUUUCGUAUUUAAUCGUGGUAUGAAGUUAUUGAAUAUCGGUAGAAGUAUGGCCAAUGCGCUACCAAACAUAGUUGGAAAAAAUGUGACAGAUAUAUUUCUUUUAUGUAGACCCGUUAUACCAUUCACUUGGGAUGAUAUAAUGCUGCAUACAAAUAUUAUAUUUGAACUAACAAGUAAUGAAAUAAACAAAGAAAUUAAUACCAAUGUUGAACAGAACAACACAGGAGAUCAGUCAGAUACAAAUCGAGGUAAAUUAAAACUUCGCGGUCAAAUGAAAUAUAUGAGUGAAUGGGAUGCUAUCGUAUUUCUUGGAACACCAAUUAUGCGUGAUGUGGAUUCAAUGCUAGAACUAGGUUUAUAUUUAAAUGAUUUGAGUAUGCAUGAUUCUAGCCGUGAUAUGGUAUUGGCUGGUGAACAACAGUCGGCUGAACUGAAAUUAGCACUGGAACAGGAAAAUGAAAAAAGUAAACGUUUGGAAGAAAGUUUAAGAAGAUUAGACGAAGAAAUGAGAAGAACUGACGAAUUAUUAUAUCAGAUGAUACCACGUUCUGUAGCUGAAAGGCUUAGAGCUGGUGAAGCUGCAGUAGAUACUUGUGAAACAUUCGAUAAUGUCACCCUGUUAUUAAGUGAUGUAGUAGGAUUUACAACAAUAUGCAGUGGUCUUGCACCAUUGGAAGUUGUAAGUCUACUUAAUAAACUUUAUUCAGUAUUCGAUGGACUUACAGAAAAACAUAAAGUUUAUAAGGUUGAAACAAUUGGUGACGCUUACAUGAUAGCAUCAGGAUGCCCAUCACGUACAGAUUAUCAUGCUCCAUUUAUUGCUGAGAUGGCACUCGAUAUGGUUGAAUCAGUUCAAACAGUUAAAGAUGAAUCUAAGGAACCACCAGAAAGUUUACGAAUACGUGUUGGUCCAGCCGUUGCUGGUGUUGUAGGUGUAAAAAUGCCACGUUAUUGUUUAUUCGGUAGUACAGUUACAACAUCGGAACUAAUGGAACAAACUAGUUCACCUCAAAGAAUACAAGUCAGUGUGAAAGCAUAUGAAAAUCUUUUAAAAUACGGUGUUUAUGAUUUAACUGAGAAGGGAAGAGUUGAAUUAAAAGAUGGUGGUACAAUAUUAACUUAUUGGUUAAAUGGUAGAUCAAAUUCUUCAGACGAUGAGAAAACUGCUAAAUUCUUAGAUGAAUUAAAUACUGAACGUGAAAGAAUUGCCGAUUCUAAUAUGGCUUCAUCACAUCAACAUUCUGGUGAAAGCUGGGAAUCUGUAACAGCUAGUCGUUGUAGUUCCGCUAGAACAUUGGCAUCAAAACGUAGUUCAAUGUCAAUAUCUCAACGUGCUAGUUUAGCAGAUCCAGGAAUUGAUAUAAAAUCAAUGGCAAGAUUAAAAAGUUUAGCACAAAUUAACGAAAAUAAUAAACAGUGA